GUAUAUAUCGAUAAAUCAAACAGUCACACUGUUCUAUGCAUUCAAAAAGUGAGCGUCGUUUGUGAUUUUGUUUCAAAUUUUUUCCCCUAAGUUUAAUUCGUCCGGUGUCAAGUCUCUUCGCUGCGUGAAGAAGCUUUUUUUUUCGUUUUGUUGUUUGACUUCCAGUAUUUUGCUAAAAUGGAUAUCCGAAGCUGGAAGUCGGUGAUCCUCUCUUGGGUACAGAAAUGCGGCUUCGUGGACGAAAAUGUGCUGACUCUCGAACAGUCAAACAUCUAUAAAUUCUUCGAGCACUAUCUGGAGUAUGAUUACAUGCAUCUCGCUCUGGACACCACGGACUCGACGCACAGCGAUCUCAGUUCGCGCAAUGAUACACAGCUGAUCAAAUUUUUGCAAACCGUUUAUCCAGACUUUGCUCCCAAUCUGGAUACAAGUGGAAACCUCGAUCGCAGCGACUAUUUUCUGGUGUACACGUUGAUGCUGCACUAUGCAUGUGUCAUUAAAAAGAGUACACAAUAUCAAAUCAAAUGCACAGAGCUCCCGGAGCACAUUCAAAAGGCCAUAGCAUCGUUUUUGUCGCGCAUCGUUAAUAGUCAUAAGAUAACACGUUUAUGCCUGGUCGAGGCAUUAGAAACGACUAAGAAAUUUUUCGAGCCCGCCGCACCGCCUGCAAUGGUCUUGCCGUAUACGACAAGCACUGUCCGCCAAGCACUGAUGGAGGCCGCCAUCAUUCCCGCCGACUCCGAGGCUCCUGGCACACCCGUAAAGGCCAUCACAGAUAGUCCACAGACUCCGCAAGAUACGCCGUUGCACAGCAGCCGCGACGAAUACUCGCCGCUGCCGAUUUGCAGCACACCAAUGCGUGAGCGGGAGCGUAUGACGGUGUUUGAAUGGCGACAAGUGAUGGAUAAAUUGGCGGCUACGGAAAUCAAAUUGGCGGAAUUGGAAACAAAAUUGACAUCGGCUGAACGCAAAUUGAUUUCGACAGAGAACGAGUAUUCCAUCCUGGAUGAAUUGUUUCAGGAAGUAUCCAAAACAAAAGUAAAUUUACAAAAUGCUAAUAAAGAACUCAAGGCCGAGAUCGAGAUACUAAGGGAAAAGAUUCAAAUAUUCGAGGAGAGGUCCAUUGAUGAAGAAGCCGACGGGCGUAGUAAUUUCGAGCAUCUUAAGCAAGGCUAUUUAAAGGAAAUAGCCGCCAAGGAGGCAAUCAUAGCCGAAAUUAACGAACACCUGCAGGAUGCGAUCAGUGCAAAUGUCAAGGAGAAUGCAAGGGUCCGCGAAAUAGAAGAGCAGUUGAAGAAGUGCUUCGACCAAAUCAACAUGCUCAAUUUGACGGUCAAUCAAAAUAAGGCAGUACUGAGGGACAAAGAUUUUGAGAUUAGUUGCCUGGAGCGCGACAAGCAGGACUUGGCCCAGUGCCUGAAUGUGCUGCGGCAGGAGUCGCAGGGACGCCGUGAGGUGCUGAAUGCCUCCUCGGACAUGCUGGACACUUCGCUGUCCCCAGGCAGUGUGCCGGAAAAUCUUGGCAGCUGUGUGAUUGAAAAGCAGCUGCGCGAAAAGGAUCAGGAGAUAUGUCAGCUAAAAGAGGAAUUCGCAAAACUCCAGUCGGACAUAUACAAAUUAAUCAAUGCGGAAGUGAAGGUCGAACCAUCCUUCAAGGAUCAAACGCAGCUUUUAAAGGCUAUUUGUGAUGCGCUUAUUGUUAGUCCCCAGGCAGCAGCCGAAUAUGAAAGCAGGAAACUUCACAACGAGAUCGAGAUCCUACUCGCGGAGCUGCAGAGCGAAAAGGACGCCAGGGCCGACAUGCACGAUCCGCACGACAAGGAGUGCAUCCAAAUGACUUGUGAACUGGCAUUUAUCGACGAGGAUUUGGACAACGAGAAGCAGAUCGUGGCGAAGCAGCAUAAACGAAUUCUGGAAGCCCAACAGCGCCUCGACUCUCUAGCCUUGACCGAGAAAUAUAAUAAACAGCUGGAUGAGCUGCAGCACCAGUUGGAGAUCCUCGAAACUGAACUCCCACAGAUGGCCUCGCACUGUGUCCUCAACUACCUCGAGGAUGAGAAGGCGAGUGAUGAGAUGUCGCGGCAGAGUCUUGAGGAAACAAAGAGGCUGGAGCAGCAGAUCAACUCGAAGCCUGAUCUGCUGAAGAAGAAGGAGAGCGAGGUGGCUGAGGUAAAAGAUCAAAUCGCUCUGCUGCAGCAGAAGAUGAAGGACGAAGGGGCUAAGGGACGCCUGCAGGCGCCCGCAAGGAUGGCUGAGCUCGACCAGCUAGUCAAGGACCGCAAAGUUCUGGCGAUCACAUCACGUGAACAGUCUCAACGACUUGCACAUCGUCACGAUCGGCUGGACAAGCUGGAGCUAGCACGGAAGAAGAAGGAAAUGCAGAUCAAGAAUGAGAAUCACGACCCUGACUCGGAGAUCGGCCGUUACUAUGCGCGGGAACUGCAGGAACUGGAAAGUAAAUGUCAUUUUACGUUGCAAAAAUGCGUUCAAGCGAAAGCAGAAGCCGCCGAGCAGGCUGACAAGUUGUCCCACGUGCUGCAACGUCUGGAACAGAUCCAAUACCAGAAUGAACGCUCGAUUGAGGUAGCCACCACCAAAGAGGAGCGUGCGGCACAAAAAGAUUCCGAUACAGAUCUGAUUGCAGAAAAGGAUGCGAAAAUAGUUGAACUAUCAGUCGAAAUGAUGGUGCUGACAGAUAAAUUGGACUCCCUGGCCGAUGAUCGAGCGAGGCUAAAAGCCAGCGCGAAGGAGCAUCGGAAAAAUGCCUCAAUAUUGCAAAAAUCUCUCGAUCUACUGUCGGCUGAGAGAUCCGGGCUAGCGAAAAAGCUUGGGAUGCAAAAAAGUCUUCUGAAGAUGUAUGGAAAGUCCAUACAAGUUUUGUUGGAAAAGCAGAACAGCCAGGAGGAGAAUGAAAAGUGUUACGAGCAGAAAUUGAAAAAAUUGCAAGAAGAACACUCAGACGUUAUCAAGAAGCUGGAGCUGGGGAUCGAUCAAUGGCGCGAAAGAUAUGAAAACCUUGAAAACGAUAUCAGCGCGCAGAAGGAGAUCGCCAGUACGAAUGAGCGAAAGCACCAGGACACAGUUCAAGCACAUGCACGGACCAUUGCGAAGCUUCGAGAUGAUUAUAAUACGCUAGAGAAAGACUUACUCCACAAACAGAACUGUUGCGAAGAGGAUCGGAAAAAGCUCAACGAACGAGUGGUGCUGCUGACAGAAGAGCGUGACACUCUGAGACUUCAUAAAGACAUCUUGAAGAAAGAGCUCGACACUCUGAGCCAAGAGCGUGACACCCUGACACUUUGUAGUGAUACCGUGAACCAAGAGCGUAACAAUCUGAACGCGUUGUAUGCGACCCUACUGAAAGAGCGCGACAAUCUGAAGGAGUCUAAUGGUACCCUACAGAAAGAGCGCGACAAUCUGAACGCGUUGUAUGCGACCGUAGUGAAAGAGCGUAACAAUCUGAAGGAGUCUAAUGGUACCCUACAGAAAGAGCGCGACAAUCUGAACGAGUUUUAUGCGACCCUACUGAAAGAGCGUGACAAUCUGAACAAGUCUAAGGGUACCCUACAGAAAGAGCACGACAAUCUGAACGAGUUGUAUGCGACCCUACUGAAAGAGCGUGACAAUCUGAAGGAGUGUAAUGGUACCCUACAGAAAGAACGUGACAAUCUGUACGAGUUGUAUGCGACCCUACUGAAAGAGAGUGACAAUCUGAACAAGUCUAAUGGUACCCUACAGAAAGAGCGCGACAAUCUGUACGAGUUGUAUGCGACCCUACUGAAAGAGAGUGACAAUCUGAACAAGUCUAAGGGUACCCUACAGAAAGAGCACGACAAUCUGAACGAGUUGUAUGCGACCCUACUGAAAGAGCGCGACAAUCUGAACGAGUCUAAUGGUACCCUACAGAAAGAACGCGACAAUCUGAACGAGUUGUAUGCGACCCUACAGAAAGAGCGCGACAAUCUGAACGAGUCUAAUGGUACCCUACAGAAAGAGCGCGACAAUCUGAACGAGUUGUAUGCGACCCUACAGAAAGAGCGCGAUAAUCUGAACGAGUCUAAUGGUACCCUACAGAAAGAACGCGACAAUCUGAACGAGUUGUAUGCGACCCUACAGAAAGAGCGCGACAAUCUGAACGAGUCUAAUGGUACCCUACAGAAAGAGCGCGACAAUCUGAACGAGUUGUAUGCGACCCUACUGAAAGAGCGCGACAAUCUGAACGAGUCUAAUGGUACCCUACAGAAAGAGCGCGACAAUCUGAACGAGUUGUAUGCGACCCUACUGAAAGAGCGCGACAAUUUGAACGAGUCGAAUGGUACCUUGCUGAUAGAGCGCGACAACCUGAAGGUUGCCGAACAGCAACACCAGACGGAAAUAUCUCGAUUUGUGAACAUGGAACGAGAGAUAUGGGGAAUGCUGGACAAUACCACAGAGAAGAUUCAGGCGCUGUCGGAGAUAAACACAAACGAAAACAAGGAGAACCGUCAGCUACAUGGCGUGAGCUCUUUGCGUCAGGUGAAUUGUCUGGAAAUGCUCAAAGAGAUACUAUAUCAAAAGGACAUGCAAAUCGAAGCCCUGCGCAAGGAGAGAGAAAUGAUUCGCAAAUCCGAACGUGCCACCAAAACCACACUCCAUAUGUUAACCAAAGAAUGUGAUGCGAAAGAGGCACGACUCAGCCAGGAGAUUGGUUGUCUCAACUACAAUUUGAUGCAAGCAAAACAACUUGUCCAACAGCAGCAACUCUCGCAUGACACGGAAACACAGUUAAAGAUAGAUGCCAGCCAGGCCCUGGAAGCUGCCAAACAAGAAUUGCAGGAAGUACGCGAGCAAAUGCUGAAAAUCGAAACGGAACAUGCACAUGAUAAGCAGCACUUUGAACUGAUGGCACAACAAUUUCAGGCUCAGCACGCACAGAUUCUCCAAGAAAAAGCUGACCUCCAAGCGGACAUUUUAAAGCAGCAAGAUGAUUUCAGGACCCUAGAGAAGGACUUACUCUACAAACAGAAGUGUUUGGAAGAGGGUCACCAAAAACUCUACGAACGAAUGCUGAUGCUGAAAGAAGAGCGUAACACCCUGACACAGGAGCGUGACACUUUGAAGCAAGAGCUCGACGCCCAGAACCAAGAACAUGAGGCCUUCAGAAAAGAGCGUUGCACCCUGAAACUUUAUAAUGACACCCUGAAGCAAGACCUGAUCUCAGUUGGAAAGCAGCUCAAGGAGGAGGUGUCCCGCCAGCAGAUCGAGACUGAAGCUCGUGCCAUGACCGAGAAGCAGCUCUCGUUGGUCCAGCAUCAACUGGAGCAGUCUGAACAGAAGUAUGCCCGUCUCAAAAUCGAGAUGACUGACCAACAAACGACCUCGGACGAACGACAGAUUGAGUUAAGCAAACAGUUGAAUGCCGCCAAAACGGAACUGGCCGAAACGAUGGAACGCCUCAGUGCCACAUACACGGCGGCUGCCGAGGAGGAGGGGCUUCCCGAUCGCACGACCCUCCAGCGAGACUGCCAGGUGCUGCAGGCCAAAUAUCAGGAGGCCAAAAAGAAGAUUGACGAACUACAAGUGAACCUAAAGGACCAGCGCAACGAGAUGGAGGGCAAGUUGGAAAAAAUGAAAAAUAAAAUGCGCACCUUGUACACCGCGGAGGUGACACGCAUGAAGGAGAAGCAGGAGCGCGAGGCGGCGCAUAACAAAGCGGAACUGGAGGCCCUUACAAGUCAGAACAACAAAUACGAGGAGCAUACACGGAAGCUCUCCAAUCAGAUUGUUCGCUUAAACGAAAGGAUACUCGAGCAACAGAAGCAGCACGCGAUAACCACAACAAAAUUGCGCCACAUGCAGGCCACCUCGGAAGCCACCAAAUCCUCAUCUUCACUUUCCACACUGACUGUCGCUGGAAGCGCAACCACAGGGGCCAAAGGCACCGGCACGGGCACGGGCACGGCAGCAUCCGCCACCGAGGACUGGCAACCCUUCAAGCGUCCCAGUGCACCCUCCUCGAAUCUGGCAAUGGAAGAUGAAGAGGGGGAGGUGUUCAACAACACCUAUUUGACGGACCUAAAGCUGGGCCGUGUGCCGGAUAUAACUGCGGAGGAGCUAAACUAUCGAAACUCGCUGCAGCCGCCGCAUCUGAGGAGCACGUAUGCGGCACAAUACGAUGUGGGAAGCCAGGACGAAGAUCCCAAAGACGGACCACAUAGUCUGGACGACAGCAUGAGCGCCUUGCUUAGCUCUUCGACGAGCACUGGGGCCCGCAAGAAGUCAAUGGGCACUCACUACAAGCGUCCUGGUCCGCCCACACCCAGCAAGAACGGCGGCCGCUUGUCCUUCGGCAGCUCAGAGCCGCCGCGGGAGAUACUGCGCGAGACAUGCGAGAAUACCGGCACCUCCAAAACACCCACACGCUUCAAGAUGUUCACCUCGCGCUUUAGCAUCGGCAGCACCACCAGCGGCAGCAGUGGCCUGCCCCGUGAUGAGCGGCCGCUACGUCGGGAGCGGCCGAAUCUAUUGACCGGCAUGCAGCGCCGCAGACUGCAGCUACGUCAGUCCUCGGGCCUCUUCUGCACCUCAACGCCACGCAAGAGCCGCUCCUACUACGAUCAGCGACGUCUGAUAUGUGCCAGCGAUGCAAUCUCAGAUCACGAGGAGGAUGAGGAAGAGGUCGAACAAGAAGGUAAUGAGCAGGAACCAGAACAGGAGCAGGAGAAUGUCGCCGAGGAGCUAGAGGAGGAGGGCACACCGCACUUGUCGAAUGCUGCACUGUUGGCUAUCACCCGUGGAGUGACCCGCAGGCUGAGCAACGAUCCACGCUACAGUUCCCCUAGUUCGGGGUCCACUCCUCAGUUCGGCGGCGGCAAGCGGAAAUAUCGCAAGGGACGUGUCUCCCUUUGCUUGCACGGCAAUAUCUUUGCCAGGAGCCGGCCGCUGACGAAGAACACUGCCGCGGCCCAUGCAGGAAAUCUCAAGCAGCAGCGCGAGAAGCUGAAACAGCAGCGCCUGAAUCGCUUCGAUCAGGGAAGGCACUUCAACGAGUCCCCUGUGCCGGCAGUCACCUUCCAGCAGUCACCCAUCGCAGACAAUCUGCUCAGGCAACACCAGGCACCGACGAAUGUCACCUAUAAGCUCCUCCAGCCGCUGGACCGCUGCGCCAACAAUAACUACAGCCAGCACAAUCGCAACAAAGAGCAGCAGCAGCAGCAGGACCAGCAGCUGCUACUGAUGAUGGGCCAAACGGUGGUACUAAGGCCAGAAGAUCAGAUCCUCGACGAUGGAUUGCUGCCAGUGGCAGCGACCACAUUUAACGUCAGUGAGACCGAUAGUACAGAUAUGUGGCAGCAUCGGCAGGGAUUCGAGGGGGAGAAUAUCCAGGCUUGGUUGACGGAAUAUGCCAGAGAGAGGGAGACCCCAAUCGAGAUGGAGAACGAGGACAGCCAUGGCGGACAUUUUGAGCGGUUGUGCAGGGAAACGGAGUCGACGGCACCGUUUGAGCUCCAGCCGCUGCACUACAAAGAGCAGGAGGAGCAGCCAAAGGUCAGAUCGGUGCGGCUGCUCAAUAUUACGGGCACCACCAGCGUGUGCACGACCAAUGCCAGCUGUGCCACCAAUCUCACCAGUGCCUCGUCGCAAAAGUCCUGUACAAUCUACUCCCUGGGGAACAUACAGUCGGAGCCCCUGCCGACAAUGACCAUCACGCAUGUGGAGCAGCGGUUGGUGCACCACGAGCGAAGGACAAAGACGCUGACGCUGCGUGAACUGUGGUACACCUUCUGUCGCCUCAAUCUGCCUGGCCGUCUGAUGCUCAGCCUGGCGCUGGCUCUUACGAUGAUGCUGUGCUCUCAGGUGGCGGACAGGAUGGCCCUGGGUGUCACCGCGGCUUUUGGAUUACUGCUUUUGGUCCUUUCGCUGAGCUGUGGCAAGUAGAUGGAUGCCAGAAGGAGAGACGCAUACCAGAAUAAAGACAUUAAACACAAACACACACAACAAAAAAAAUACUCAGUUAAUAAAAGUUACUUCCAUUCCCCAGAACAUUAUCCCAUUGCUUAUACACCCGAUAUAUCUCUGUUCCAUUCGCAGAAUUCGCCGCCCAAGCGCCGCCUUAGCAACAUGUUCAAGAGGAAAUAAAUGUAAAUAAAUGUCCAUGUACAGAGAAAAAACCGACGCCAACCAGCAUUAAGCCAAAUAAUCAUUAAGAAUUCUUGAAUAUUAUUACCUUUUUUGUGACACACACUAAAGUCUGGAAAAAAAAAAACUAAUCCACAGAGAGUAUACCAUGUAUAUGAAGAGGAUACAAUAUAUAUUUUUUUCUUGUGUUCAAUGUACAUACACGAAAAGGAUACAAUUUUUUUUGUUUAAAUAAAAACCAAACCAAAUGAAA